UGCGAUGCCAGCAGAGGCACAUCGGGGAAUCCUGGGUACAGAUCAUGGUCAGGAGGGAGUAAUGGGCAUGGUGCACAGAUUGCUGAUGAUCACAAUUCAGGUGGCGGCGGGGGCGGUUUUUACACCAGUGGAAGAAGUUCAAAGAGCUUUGGUGGUUCCAUGGGAUAUGGUGGAGAGGGUGGUAAAGGAUUUCUUCAGGGUGGAGUGGGUGGAAGGGCCAUAUAUGACGCUAUCGUGGGUGGCUUUGGAGGAGGUGGUGGUUCUUACGGGUAUGCAGCAGGCGCAGGAGGAGGAGGCGGAUACUCCGGGGGGAGCAGUGGAGAUAAUGAAUUCGAUUCCUGUGGGGGCGGAGGAGGGUCCUACAACGCUGGAAAAGAUCAGCAAAGUGAAUGUUGUUAUAAUGCAGAUGGCCAUGGUCGGGUCACCGUUACAUUGCUGUAACAGGGAUCACACCUGUGAAUUUCACAAGCCAUACAUUUGAUUUUUUAAAGCUGCUAGCUUGUAUUGGUUGCCCUUGGAAAUAGAAAGAGUGACAACCUUGAGAAAAAACGUCUUUAAUCGUCUAUGAAAGGAAAAGAAAAUUCACGGAGGCAGAAGAUGUAGUAUUAUCAUUUUGCUGCUUUGCUUUUAGUGUUUUUUUUUUCCUUACUCGAGCAAGAGGGUUGAUCGUUCCAGGUUCUCAUUCAGUGUAAUGGAGUGAAAAUGCAGUCGAAGGCCAAGGAGAAAUAGCAUUUUAUUGUUUGACGCUUCUAAGUGCAAAAUUAUUAAUACAGUUCGAGGGAGAGCUAUUCUUUAUUCCUUAGGAUUUGUUAUCAAAUACCAAUCAAACUUCUCCUUUUCGGAAAUACACGAUUCUCUUAAUUACUUUUAUUUACAAUUAGUACACAAUCGUCACUAACUGAAAGACCUGCCCGGUUCAUGAACUAAAUUACCCAAAAGCUUUCUACUCCAAAUAUUAACCCCUUGCCAAAUCAAGCGGCCUGGUCAUAGUCGGUUCCAAACUUGUCACGCCACGCUAUAGUCUCGAGCUAAGACCGUUGUGUGACAUUGAUUUCCUUAAGAUGCGUGGAAUUUGGAAUUGAAAUUUAGGGAUUGAGAAAUUAUCGGAAAGCAAGAUUGAAAUAUGCCCGGCUUUUGUAAUGCAGAUUUCAUAUUUACUUUUUUUUUUUUCAUUGCUUGUGUUCUUCUUUCAUUUGGUUUUUCAAACAACUAGACAGCAACCCUGACAAACAAGAAUGUCAAAAUAUGAGAUAAUUAUAACUGGGUCACGUAUACAAUAUGGAGUACAACGCAAGACAACACGGUUUACGAUUAUAACAAUCACAUUUUUAGCAUUUUGGGAACUACGACCAGUAACUGAAGCUGGAAAAAAACUGACAGCGAAGGUUGUUUCAUAUCGAAGAGACGAACGGCCUGUUAAAGUAAGAGACCAUCUCCCUUAGAAGUACAGCGACGCUUAUUUCUUCUUAAGUACAUUGGAAAGCAGUACAUUUAAGCCUGCGCUACACAACUACAGCGUUGUCAUUUCUUUCAUGAUCCAGGGCCGGGAUUGCGCUGCCGUUUGAGUACGCAGCUGAAGGGGAUUGGGAGCCAGUAUCAGACACAGACCUCAUCUGGCGCUUGACUUCAAACACCUGACGAAAGGAAAAAUAAACUUUAACAAAUUGCUUGAUUUGAAAAACUAAUUCAAGAACAUAAAAUUAGAUACCACUCAAGGAGAACUGUCUUCCUGGUGCGUAUUGCGACUGACGUCUGAUUAGUAAAAAACCAAAAACAAAA